AUAAAUCGCUAACUCUUUGUCCGCGAGAAUUUUCCCGCAACAACUCCGAAUCUAGGGUUUCUCUCUGCAACUGAAGAUAUGGGCAAAGGAACAGGCAGCUUCGGAAAGAGAAGGAACAAGACCCACACGCUGUGUGUGCGAUGCGGACGCAGAAGCUUCCACCUCCAAAAGAGUCGUUGCUCAGCUUGUGCUUACCCCGCAGCCCGCCUCAGAAAAUACAAUUGGAGUGAGAAGGCGCUGCGCAGAAAGACGACCGGAACUGGGCGUAUGAGGUACCUUCGCAAUGUUCCAAGGAGGUUCAAGAGCAACUUCACAGAAGGCACACAGGCUGCUCCAAGGCGCAAGGGAACUGCUGCUGCUGCUUCAUAAGAUUUCAGAGCCCACCCACCCAGCAUUUGCGUUGUUAUGGUUUUUAUUUUCGUUUUGUUGUCUUGAUAGUCUUGAAUUUUCACUCAAACAAGUUUUGGAUCGUUAUAAUGUCAAUUGCUCCUUGUGUUGUUGAAGAGUUAGUUUUGAUACUGAAUGGAAAUUACUUUGUUAAAUCUA